CGUCCGGCUGCUCGCUCCCCAGGCCAGCCAACCAUCCCUCAACAUGUCGCUUUCCAUAACGUGACAAUUCUCCCCGCCGUAUCCCGUAUCCCGUUCCCCAAGAGCCCACUGGCAUCCGGCACCGGCAACAUGGUCAAGUUGGACGGUGACUUAGACCCACUAUGGCAAGAUCUCGACUGGGCCAUAGGGCAGAUGGUGAUUAUGGGAUGGGAUGGCACCGAAGUCACUCCGCAGAUUCGUCAUCUCAUCGAGGAACACCAUCUCGGCUCCAUCCUUCUCACGGCAAAGAAUCUCAAAUGUACGGCCAAGCUCGUGCAGGAGCUUCAGACGAUUGCUCACCAAGCCGGCCAUCUUCAACCGCUCUUGAUUGCCUUGGACCAGGAAAAUGGCGGCGUCAACAGCCUGUACGAUGAGGACUACAUUUGCCAGUUUCCCAGCGCCAUGGGCCAAGCUGCCGCUGGUAAUGCUGAUCUCGCAUACAAAGUCGCCAAAGCUACAGCCACCGAGGUCUCGGCCGUGGGGGUCAAUCUGAUUCUCGGACCCGUGCUCGACGUUCUGACAAACGCUCGUUACCAGCCGCUCGGUGUCCGCGCUGUCGGGGACGAUCCACAAGAGGUCUCACAAUAUGGCAUCGCGGCUAUGAACGGCUACAAGGAUGCUGGGGUGGCCACUUGUGGAAAACACUUUCCUUCUUAUGGGAAUCUCGACUUUCUCGGGUCCAGCUUGGAUGUUCCCAUCAUCACCCAAACCUUGGAGGAGUUGUCCCUGAGCGCCCUCGUGCCUUUUCGGAAUGCUAUUGCUACUGGAAAGUUGGAUGCCAUGUUCGUUGGCGGCUGUGGCAUCACAAACCCGUCCAUGAAUGUAAACCACGCCUGCCUCUCCGAUCAGGUGGUUGAUGACCUUCUCAGAAACGAACUUGGUUUCACGGGUGUUGCCAUAUCGGAAUGCUUGGAGAUGGAAGCUCUUCGAAGUGAAAUCGGAGUCGAGACUGGCACGGUCAUGGCGGUAGAAGCCGGCUGUGACUUGGUUCUGCUUUGUCGGGCCUACGACGUGCAGCUCGAAGCCAUAGCUGGCCUCAAGCUUGGUGUGGAAAACGAGCUGCUCACCAAGGAGCGUAUUUACACUUCUCUCCGCCGUGUUCUCAAGAUGAAGAACGCGUGCACGUCCUGGGCUAAAGCGCUGAACCCGCCAGGAAUUUCUCUGUUGUCCAAGAUUCACCCGAGUCAUCUCAACCUCUCAAUCAAGGCAUAUGAUGACUCCAUCACAGUUAUUAGGGAUAACGAAAAGCUUCUGCCCUUGAAUGAGUCGAUGCACCAGGAGGAAGAGUUGCUACUCCUUACCCCGUUGGUCAAGCCUUUGCCAGCCUCGUCUUUGACCAAAAAUAUCCUCGAGGCGAAGAACAAGUCCGAUAGCGCGCCGACGGAACACGACAAAUGGAUACACCGGGAUCGGGGCGUCAUAAUGAGUGGCGAGGGGGUAUUUCGGGAGCUUGGGAGGUCACUUGCCCGCGCUCGACGUGGCAAGCUGCUGCAUACCUCUUACACUGCAAAUGGUGUUAGGCCGGUACAUGAAAACUUGAUACAUCGGGCGUCCUGUAUCGUUAUUGUGACGGCCGAUGCCAAUCGAAACCUGUACCAGGCCGGGUUCACCAAGCAUGUCUCAAUGAUGUGCUCAAUGUUGAGGGCAAGUGGCCAGAAGAAAUCCCUGGUCGUGGUGGCCGUCAGCUCGCCCUAUGAUUUCGCCAUGGACAAGUCGAUUGGGACCUAUAUCUGCACCUUUGACUUUACGGAAAUGGCCAUGGCAGCUCUUGUGCGCGCUCUCUGCGGAAGCUCGAGAGCACGCGGGACGCUGCCGGGGACUCUGAGAAAAAGCAGAAAGGCCGUGAAGUCGAGGCAGCACUGGCUUGUCGAGCCCUAUGACAGGGACCGCGACUCCAACGGUCUCAACGAUCUUUUGAGCGCUCUUGCUCGUGCUGCUGCCCCGAACCAUCGGUUUCUGACCACGACAACGGCACACUCGUUUGAGAUUUUCAACCCAAACAUUGAGGAGUCGCACUUUGUGGUUCGAAACAGCAGCACGCAAGCGCUGUACGGAUUCUGCGCGACGUAUCACACCCAAGGGACCGGCAUAAUCGGAGCGAUCUUCGUGGACCCUACCAAGCGCAACGUUGCCAUUGGGCGUUCUCUCCAUCGCCGGGCCCUUCGAGCGUUGAUUCAGAAGAGGGGCACAAAGAAGAUACAGCUGGGAAUAUGUUUCCCAGGUGUGUUCCUGGGCAUCCCGACAGACGACGGCGGGCUCAAGACGUGGUUUUCCAACAGCGGUUGGGACUUGCAGUUUCCGCGACGGUUGGCCAACAUGGUGAUUGCUGACUUGAGCAGCUGGAGCGCACCAGAGGGUCUGCUGCAGAGCAUCCAACGGGCGAACAUGAGCUUCGAUCUUAUUCAUGGGUUGGAGAACGCCGAGACGGUGCUUGCGCAUGUAGCCGGGAAUGCGAACCCGGAGGUGUUUGAGCUGUACCGUUUGGCGUUGCAGGAGACAAAAUCGUGUGGGGUUGUUAGGGCCAAGUGCCAGAGGGGAGGGCUGGUGGGGACGGUGGUUAUUUGUAGUCCUGGGAGUCCGGUUGCGGGUUAUGUGCCGGCUUUGCAGGGGGGGGAGGAGGUGUUGGUUGGGGGGAUCAUUGCGCCGGUUGUGGCGCCUGGGAAUGGGGAUUUGUUGGUGAUUCAGGGGCUCGCGUUGAUGGGGUUGAGGCAGAACAAGGCGCACAAGUCUGGGAGGAGCGUGUUGAGCUGGGUGGGGGAGGAAGGGAUGGAGGGGUUGGGGGCGAUGGGGUGGGAGGUGCUGGAGGGGUGGGAGGAGUUUACUAAUUCGGUUGAGAAUGUGAGUUUUCUUGAGGGGUGAGUUGAGAUGUGUUGCUAAUGGGGAUUUGAGCGUCGAGGUGCUGGAAGGGGGUCAGUUUAAGGGGUCAGUUUAAGGGGUCAGUUUAAGAGGUCAGUUUCGAGAGGUCAGCUUGGGAGGGUCAGUUUGGGGCGGAGAGGGUCUGGGGUUUGCUUCGUUUGUAUCCUAUUGUGUGUAUUCCAAGAUUGUUGGACUGUGAUUUUGUCGUUCUACUUUGUGAAAUGGUGUUAUUCAGACAGUAACUUUGACCAGAA